GAGCAUGUUUGAUAGUCCCGCCCGUGCUUGCAUGGCAACUGGAGAGAAGAUGCAGGAGGGAGCUAGCUGUGCCUGUGACUGAGCACAAGCAGCUGGGCUGGGGAACUACAGGGACGAUGAAGCAGGUUGCUGUAGAUGAUACUGAGGAUGUAUCCCUGGAUUUAGGGAAUGAGGAAGAUUUGGUGUUAAGGAAAGCACAAAUCAGGCAUCCACUGGCUACGUUUUUUCACCUAUUUUUUCGAAUUGGUGCUAUUGUUGUUUAUUUGUUCUGUGACUGGUUCAGCAAAAGCUUUGUCACGUGCUUUGUCACUAUCCUGCUCCUUCUGUCCUUUGACUUUUGGUCUGUCAAGAACGUCACUGGGAGGCUUCUGGUUGGUCUACGCUGGUGGAACCAGAUUGAUGAAGAUGGGAAAAGUCAUUGGAUCUUCGAAGCCAAAAAGGUUUUACCAAAUCAUUCCACAUCGACAGAGGUUGAAGCUCGAAUCUUCUGGUUGGGUUUAAUUAUUUGCCCCAUGAUCUGGACAAUAUUCUUCUUUAGCACAUUGUUUUCUUUGAAAUUAAAAUGGCUGGCCCUAGUGAUUGCUGGGAUUUCACUCCAGUCUGCAAAUCUUUACGGCUACAUCCACUGUAAAACUGGGGGCCAACAGAACGUCGGGAAGGUGGCUUCAAGGUUCCUGUCCCAACAGCUCUUCCAGAGGGAGCUGAGAUCCAGGAAAUAUAUGAUGAAAGAGACCCAGUAUUCAGUCCCAUGGAAAGGAGUGUCUCCUGUUUUGAUUUACACAUAAGAAUCCGUAUAUAAAGAACUCGGAACAAUUUAGUUUAUAACUUAUGGCAAAGACUCGAUUUAUUCCAUUCCAUGAAGGCGGCCGCGACCGGAAAUGCACUACCGGAAGUCUUUAUGCGCUUCAAGUGCGUUCCACCCCAAGACACUGGUAACCGCGGCUAUCGAAGUACCGGAAGUGCGUCACCGGAAACCCUCGUGCGUUCCAAGAGCGUUCCACCGCGAGUGACGCGGAACGCUCUCUUUUUAAUAUGAUUUCUACUCUCCCCUCAACAGCGAUAUAUAGACCGAGGAGAUGGGGAUUCAUCAACAUUUAAAAGUAUAAAGAAUUGACCUUUCUGAUAUAAUGCAUCAUUCACCCCAGUCGGGACCAGUGUUUACAUAAACGUCACUUCCGGUCCUCGUAAAUGUAAUUCUAGUAUAUUAUCAUUUUAUAAGAAAAACACCUAGAACUUUGUAUUUAUGAUAUUUAUUAUGCUGUAUACACAUUCCUCUGUUUUAUCUAUUUAAAAAUGACCCACUAUUUAGGUUUAUUUAUUACUGCCAAGAUAUGACCUUUGAACCGGAAGUAGAAAUGAGUUCAUGGAUAAAUAGGACAUCUUGGUCACUUCACCCUCACUGCCUGAUGAAGGGACAUUCCCGAAACGCGUAGCAGCAGGAGAGUGAAGUUGCUGACCAAACCCUCAACAGGUGGGAGGUUAUUCCAGACGAUUGUAACGUGGACGUGGGAACCCGGUUCCGGAGCCAGUUACCCUAAGGUUACAUCUGAUACGCUCACUUACUACUCUUAUCUGGUAAUCCUCCACCUUAUUACCCUCCAUUUGGGAGAAACAGAUUUUUACCAAUCCAGAUCUGCAUUUUAUGUGUGUUUUGCAUGUUUUAUUUUGCAUAUUAUUAUUCAUAUUAUCCAUUGUAUUAAAACUUGCCCUAUU